GCUGUGUGGUGGCCUAUCGUCUGCUACACUACACGACCUAGAGGGGUUGUAGACUGUAGUAGUGCACACGUUGAUGUGUGAGCACGGAUUACUGUGUCUGUUGAUGUUUAUGAGUUAAAUCAGUCCCAAGGAUUAACUAGCGGGAGGUUUGACCAGCGACUGAAAAAAAUUUUUUUACAGUGACAAAAAAAAAUCAAACAAGAUGGCGUCCGUGUGGCUGACCAAGCUGAAGCUGCCGUUGUAUCUCAUCGUCCUCGAGCUCGUCUUCAUCAUCCUCUUCUCUGUGUUUGUCGAGUACGACGACAGCGCCAGCCCGGAGCUGAUUGUAAAGGGAGACAACAGCAGCACUCAUGUCCACGCCAAGGAGAAAAAUAUGGUGCACGACUAUUACCCGAUGUUCCAGGAUGUGCACGUCAUGAUGUUUAUAGGCUUCGGUUUUCUCAUGAUGUUCCUCAAGCGCUACGGCUUCAGCAGUGUCGGGCUAAACAUGUUGAUUGCCGCCCUUUGUAUCCAGUGGUCGACGCUGAUUGGUGGGCUGAUCCACCAUCAUGGCGCCAAAUUUAAAGUCAACAUCACCACCAUGUUAACAUCAGACUUCGCCUCGGCUGCUGUGUUGAUUACGUUUGGUGCCCUGCUGGGUAAGACCAGCCCAAUGCAAAUGAUGGUCGUCACGUUGAUUGAGAUCGUUCUCUUCUCAGCUAAUGAGUACAUCGGGCUCGUCCUGCUACAGGUGGUCGACGUGGGAGGAUCAAUGUUUGUUCAUGCAUUUGGCGCCUACUUUGGUUUGGCCAUCUCCCGAGUUCUACAUAACCCAGAGGUGGAGAAGUCAACAAAAGAAGGAUCUGUGUAUCAUUCUGACAUGUUUGCAGUCGUAGGCACAAUCUUCCUUUGGCUGUUUUGGCCCAGUUUUAACAGUGCCCUGGCCAUAGACGACGCCCAGCAUAGAGCAGUACUCAACACGUACUACGCCUUAGCAGCUUGCUGUGUUGUUACUUUUGCUAUCUCAAGUCUGGUCGACAAAGACGGCAGGUUUGACAUGGUUCACAUCCAAAAUGCAACACUGGCAGGGGGUGUGGCCGUAGGGACAAGUGCUGACAUGAUGAUCCAACCUUAUGGGGCUCUGAUCAUUGGCUCACUGGCUGCACUGCUCUCCACUAUUGGCUACAAGUACAUCACUCCCUUCUUAAAGUCCAAGCUCAAGAUCCAUGACACAUGUGGUGUCCACAAUCUGCAUGGAAUGCCUGCUGUCAUGGCUGGAAUUAUUGGUGCCAUAGUCGUUAGUUUUGCUGACAAAGAGACCUAUGGCUACACGCUGUAUAGACAGUUCCCUGCUAUGGCACCUAACAGCUCCAGCUCUGAGUGGGCAGAGCUGCAAGGGCAUAUGGAUGCUGAGCCUGGCAAAGGGAGGUCAGCAGGUGAUCAAGCAGCUUAUCAGAUGAUUGCCCUUGCAAUAACACUAUCCUUUGCUCUGGUCGGAGGUCUUUUUGUGGGUCUGCUGCUGAAAACAUGUGAUUUCCUUGGCCAGCCUUCAGGAGAUCGCUAUUUUGAAGACAGUCCGUUCUGGCACAUCCCUCAUGACCAUGAAAGCAGUGAGUUGUCUCCAAUUGUCUCAAAGGUCAUUUAUGAACUCGAAAAGAGGCAAUCUUCCCCGAAAAAACUUGACGCUAGUGGUGUCCCCUUGUUAGCAGCAGAUCUCACGAUUGAAGAGACCAGUUUUACUAAUGACCAUAAGGCUUAACAAAAACUGAAGCUGUGUUUAUUUUUUAAAAUUAGGAAUAAAGAUUAAAUUGAAUAGAUUUAUCAAAAUUUGUUAGCCCUAACUAUGAAGAAUAUUUUUAUCUUCAUCUUAGUUAGGAAAAAAUAUUAUUUUUAAACCAUCACAAUGCUGAAAAGCCAGCAAAUUAAAUAUUUUAGCUCAACUCUGGCAAUGUGUAUUAACAAUGCCAGAUAAAUAUAUCUACCUAAGUAUUUUGUGCCAAAAUCUUUUUUCAAUUUUCUUUUAUGGCAUGUUCUCUUUGGUUAAAAAAUAAUUGGUGAUUAUUUAUGCUCUUGAAUCUCUUUAUGUUGUCAAAUAACCCUGUGAAACCGAACUUAUUCUAUGUUUAUCUUAAUCUGGUGUACUACUAUAUGGCUAGUGAAAACAUAAUUAUACUGUUGUGAGUUAUUUUAACUUUCUGUAUUUUUUAUAUUUGUAAAAUAGCAUAUAAUCUCAUUUGUUUCAUUAAAACACACAUCUUAUUGUGUAAAUGGAUUUGGUAAUUGAUUACAAAUAAAAGUUGGGAAAGUAGUAUGCAAAGAUAUAUAAAAAUGUAAGUAAUUGAUUAUUAUUUUUAAAAAGUGAUUGUUUUUUCUUUAAAAUCUUUUUCUCAUUUUCAUUAUUUUUUUAAAUUACUGUGAAACUAAGUAUUUUAAUUAAUAUUUAUGUAAUUUCUUACUUGUACUCUGAAUAUAUUUCAUUUUUUUGUGUUCUUACUUUCAUUAAUUCAACAAUUUUAAGCAUGCCUUUAGGUGUUUUUUUUUUUUUUGUGUUCAAUAUAAUUAUUCUAUGAAUUUUAAAGAAUUCUCUGAAACAGUGAACAUCUAGACAAACCAUUUAUAUUGUGAAAACCUCAUAUAUUAACCUGCAGAUUUAGUUCAAUACUCAUCCGUUUCAGAUAGUUAAGUUCAAAUCAAGUCUUACACAAAGGGAAGAAAUUUAAUAUUUCAAUACAUCAUAUUGUGUAUCAUUUUUUAUACUUGUUUGUAAACAAAGCCUAUGCUGUCACUUAGAUUAGUAAUGUACCUGACUACCUCAGUCUUGGCAGAGUUUAGUUUUGUUAUGUGCUGAUGUAAUCUAGCCUGAGCAAGGCUUGUAUUGUCAUUUAAAUAUUUUUUCUAUUAAUGUCUUAACAAUUUAAUUAUGAAAGUAAGGAACUUAACACAAAACAUCGCAAUUGAAAAGCAUUAAUCCCCUUCUAGGAAAUAUAACGUUAAAAGACAAUAUUAAAUGUACUGCUUUACUUUCAGGACUUAGAUAUAAAUUACAAGAAGAUGCAAUGUUUUUUAAAAGAUGUUUGUUUAGUUAGUUACUGUAAGAAAUAUGUGGCUCAAUAUGUUGUUUGACAAGUGCUGAUCUAUAGUUACCAACAAAGUUUGUUAUGGAAGUUUAAGAUCUAUACCAGUGUUAACUUUGUUGAACCGAGGUGGUAUCUUUAUUUUUUAUAAAUAUUUUAUUGCAGUGUUCAAUUUUUUAGCUAUAUAUGAAAUUAAUUAUGAUAUGUUUACUAAACAGGUUAUGCGAGCAUGAAGCAAUAAAAAAUAUCAGUAUUA